GCCUUGACCCGCGCGGGACAUCUCAACUUCACGCAAUGGCAAUGGAGAGUCCGGAGCGGCAGAAGAUCAAAGCAAUUCUUCCUCCUGCAAAGGAAUGCACACACACCUUACACUAUUGUGAGGAGAACGUGUGGCUGCUGUGCCAACACGUGCAGGACAAGUACCCGCAGGAGCUGCCCUACUGCUACGCGGUGUUCAUCUCCAACCAGAACCAGACGGUGCCGCUGUGGAGGCAGCGCGCCGGACGCACAGAGGACCGCGUCGUCAUCUGGGUAGGUCACGACGAUAACAUCACGGGACGGGUCGCCACGGGUCGUCAUCGGGGGAGGUCACGAGACUACACCGACAGCAUCACGGGUCGCCACCUGG